CAAAUAUUGAAAAUUAUAAAAUGUCUAUCUACUCAAGUAGCCAGAAGGUAUGUACAAGUUCUAUAAUCUAGACUGGAAGUAACCUCCACCCAGACAACGAGCUCGGUUUUUCAUUCUCUUUCAAUAGCAUCAAUAACGAACUUAAUUUCACACGAAAAAGUAACGGAAUCCUCUAAGCACAGAUGCCAGGAGUGGGAAAUCUAAGAAGCCUAAUCAGAAGAACUUAUCGUUUGUAUUCAAAGAGUUCCAGAAAGGCUUCAAAGUUAAGAAACAAAGAAAGGGUCAUUACAAGCAAAAGCGAGAUAACUCAAAAGUUGUUCCAAAGAAAGGUAUAAUGAAGAAAAUAAAUUACUACAUGACUCCGUACAUGAAUGACCUGACCUUCAAAUAAGUAUAUGGAUUUUCAGACUCCAAACCUAAAGGAUUCUUAUGAGUAUAACUCGCAGAGAUCAUUCCGCAGAAUAGUCUGGGACCACAGAGGGAGAAGGGCUAUCCAACCCUACAAGCUCAACAACCUCUCGCCAGGCUGGGUUAACCUGACUGAUUUCAUACUUAAUGAGAAAAGAGAUAUUUUUCGAGCCUCUGUUAACUCUAUCAACCAAAGGAUCACUUCUGGCAUCACCCAAGUCCAAAAUAAAGACAAGAAGGAAAAAGAUAAAGCGGAUACAACAUCUUCUGACUCUUCAAGUAUCUCCUUCCGGCUGAAUUCGCUCAAAAGGAGAAAUUCAAUCAAGAAGAAAUAAAUUCAGAAAACAUAAGCAUAAAAGUAGACUACAUAAUCCGCCCUCAAGGCUGAGUCAUCAUACCGGCAAACCUCAGAGACCGACUUUGUUAAACCUACAGAUCUGAAGAACAGAUAAAGAAACUACAAUGAGCGAUAGAUAUAACAGCUUCCUCAGAAAAAUAAAACCAAACAGUAUUCUUAGUAAUAUUCCUAUCCUGGAAGAAGCUAAAGAGAAGGAGUCAUCAAAUGUCCUCAACUUAUUCAAGAGACAAAAUACUCUUGGCAAAAACCACAUCCCAAUCUCAGAUACAGACUCUGCUUCCUUCCUUAACGAGUCUGAUGAGAGGACUCCUGUACUCCACGCUCCUCUACUAAAAGAUUCUUGAGAAAGGCUCAAAAAGUUGAGGAUAACACAGUUUUCGCCAAUAGAAAUCUCCUCUGGCCGAAAAUACAAAGAUGAGCCUACUGGUACAACCACAGGUCUUGAGCAAAGCAACAAGAAUAUCUUAUCUCUCAGUCCCAAAGUUCCAGUUGGCUUGAAAAUAUCAGACUCAAACAUUACAGAAAUUGCAAGGAGAGUUUACUCCAAAGCUAAGAACAGCAGUAGAGUAAUCAACAAGGAUCUGUGAAUGAACACUUGGAAAAAUUUCAACUUUCAAUUAAGUAGGGAUAAUGUCAAAAGUGAUAUGGCUAUCUCGCCUUCAAGAAUAGACCUGAGAGGCAAAAAGCAGUCCAUCACAAAGCUUAAUGAACUAAAGUCGCCUAAGAGACAAACUCCUGCAAUAAAAGUCAAAGAUCUGAUUCCUGAAAAGGAAUCAAUAAUAGAUAAAAUCUUGAAAUCAGAUCGAAUUGGGGAAAGAAUGAGACAGAUUAAGCAUAUUACACGAAUUGAUAAUCAUCGGAGAAAUCUAGGCUGUCAUAGCCAAGCAGAGAUACGAAAAAUCAAUAGUUCAAAUGAGUUGCAAGCUAUGAUUAACAUUCAAGCUCCUGAUAUCAAAUUCCCAAAUCCGCAGAGAUACCAAUCUUCUGAUAUGAUUUCACUAAAAAGUCGACCUAAGAAACUGAAAAAGACCCAAGUAUCUCCAGAAUCAAAUCUUAUAUGCCGAUUUGCGAACUGUCAGUCACCAAAUGGGGUUCUCUAUCCAUUAAGUCCAAGCAUCAACCUUGCCAAGAGCAGACGUUGUGUAAAAAGUGUUGGAAAUCUCACAAUGUUAUUCGUUUAACCCAAAAUUUAGAUUUCAAUA